GAAGGGAUGAGCUAAUAUCCGCUCUAGCCUCUGCCCUUUCCGGUUAGCUCGCAUAGAGCUUUCAUAUGCUAUAUCAUCCAUAACUUAUUAUAUCUCUUUGAAACAUUUACUCACUCGACAGUACUGUUUAAAAUAAAUACAAACAUGGCAGAAGCCAUUCAAAAGAAGCUGAAGGUGGAAGUGGAGAAAUACGCCCAGAUGCAGAAAGAGGUUAGCAAGAGCAUGUCAGCCAGACAGAAGCUCGAGACGCAGCUGACAGAGAACAACAUUGUUAAAGAGGAGCUUGAUCUGCUGGACAGCUCAAACACCGUUUAUAAGCUCAUUGGUCCUGUAUUAGUGAAGCAGGACCUAGAUGAGGCCAAAGCCACAGUAGCCAAAAGGCUGGAGUACAUCAACGGAGAAAUUCAGAGGUAUGAGACGCUACUGAAAGACAUGGAAAAGAAAUCCGAACAGCAUCGAGAAGUGUUGUCAAGUUUACAACAGGAGUUUCAGAAAGCCCAGGGCCUCGCUGUGGGCAAAGUCUGAUGGAGUGAUGUAGCUGCACGCACGCUUACACAAAGUAGUUAAUAUCAUGUAAACCUGCGACACUCUGCUUGUUUCUUGGCAUUUCUUUGCAGUGUUAUUACUGUGACUUUUCUCUUGAUACGAAUAAACAUUUUUUUUUUUCAUGAACCA